AUGGAAUUUGAUCGCGUUUACAAGUCGAGCAUGCUUGACGCUCUUCUUUGCAAACAAGAAACGGUACCCAAAACAACGGCCAAAAGCAAAAAAGGGCCAAGAUACAAAAACACCAAGCAGUAG